UCUUCAUGGGAGGUGGAGAUAGCCGUUGCCAAUGCUUCCAAAUAACAUGGUUAUCCGAAUGGGAUUUUUUAUAUUUUUUUAAUUUCUUCAGAGGAGAAACUCAAGCAACUGCCAAAAUUGCCUAAAACAUUAGUCGAGGAUUGCUGGCUUCUGGAACUUGGGAGAGUGUUUAUGUCCGUCCCCUUGCACCGGAGUUAGAUUUCUAACUCUCAAACCAAAUAUGGCUUCCAACCAAGAAUGCCUCUUGGAAAACGGCAACCUUGUCAAUGACACAAGGGAGGAGGAGGAGGAGGUGAACCACCACCAUGGCAAGACAGCCAGGCAAAUGUCAGCGUCUUCGCUGCGCAGAAAGUCGGAUCCUUCACUAGCAGCUGGUGUUCAGAACCGCCACCUUAGGCAGUUGCUUGUAAAUCUGCAAGUUGUUCUUUUUGGGACUAAGCUUUCAGUUCUCCUUCCCACCAUUCCUCUAUCCAUUAUUGCUGUGUGCUAUGGCUUUGGAAAGCCCUGGAUUUUCGCUCUGAGCUUACUUGCAAUCACCUUACUUGCUGAGCGGAUCAGUUUCCUUACAGAACAAAUAUCAUACUACACUGGUCCAACAGUUGGGGGGCUUCUGAAUGCAACAUUUGGUAAUGCCACAGAGCUGAUCAUAGCAAUAUCUGCUCUAAGCCAAAAUAACAUAGCUUUGCUCAAGUAUUCUCUCUUGGGUUCAGUUCUUUCCAACCUUCUCUUGGUCCUUGGCACCUCCCUUUUCUGCGGUGGCCUUGCCAACCUCAGAGGGGAGCAAAAAUUUGAAAGAAGACAGGCGAAUGUGAACUCUCUCCUUCUACUGCUAGGCACAUUCUGCCACAUGCUACCGAUGUUGCUUCGAUACGCUGGGGACUCUGCAGUAGCAGCGGACCAAACACUCCAAAUCUCAAGGGCCUUUAGUAUCGUAAUGCUACUUUCUUAUACUGCAUUCUUAUUCUUCCAACUGUGGACUCACCAUGGAUAUUUCGAAUCUCAGCAAGUAUCGGAAGUUGAUGGUGAUGAGGAUGUUCAAGAAGAUGCGGCUGAGGUCGGUUUCUGGAGUGGAUUUGCUUGGUUGUUUGUUGUCACUACCAUCACCGCUUUGCUGUCUGAAUAUGUGGUGGGCACAAUUGAGGAUGCGUCAAGAUCCUGGGGUUUGUCAGUCAGCUUCCUCAGCCUCAUCCUUGUACCGAUUCUUGGAAAUGCAGCUGAGCACGCAGGAUCGAUCAUAUUUGCUCUCAAGAACAAGUUGGAUAUAUCUUUAGCAGUCUCUUUGGGGUCUGCAACUCAGAUCGCGAUGUUCGUGGUUCCGUGCUGCGCUGUUGUUGGUUGGAUAAUGGGAGUUAACAUGGAUCUGAACUUCAAUCUGAUUGAGACAGUGUCAUUUGCUCUAGCAGUGAUCACAGCAGCCUUUGCUCUACAAGAUGGGACUUCACAUUAUGUGAAGGGAUUGGUUCUUAUUCUCUGCUACAUUGUCAUUGGAAUCUGCUUCUUCGUAUACGAAACACCCCUCGAUCGAACAAACAAAUAGCUAGCAUCAACUUGAUGACACCAGUCAUGAAUUAAAGGCAGUAUUCACAUCCUUUGAUUGACGUCGGAGAAACUUGAGGGCAGGAUUGGUUCAAGGUGACUCCCAAAAGUGGAAAUAUGCUUCCUUCCUUAGCCUGCGACGAGAUAAAUUAUUUGGGCCCAAUUGAUUUCGUUAACAUUGGCCAGAUUGAUUUGUUAUUCAAAUAAAUGGCUUCCCAGCCCUGGCUACGGUUUUUCUUUU